GAAGUUUGAUAACUGCGUCAAAUUGGAAAUGCCCAAUGUGCUUCCCAGGCAAGAGAGCUUUGUGACAAGAGUUACUGGACAAAAAUGGACGAAAUAUCAUGUUCGAGUCUUUAUUCAUACUUUUAUUAUAUACGUGUUGAUUCAUGCCGCUAGAAAAACCUUGUCAACUGUAAAACCAUCUCUUAUAAAUGUAUGGACAGACAAUUCAUCAUCUCCAGAUGGUCCUCUAUUUGAUUCUGAACAGUCUGCAACAGAGUUCCUGGGAGCUUUGGACACUGGUUUUAUGAUAACUUAUUCUAUUGGUCUCUACAUUUGUGGAACACUUGGAGAUCACUACAAUCCUCGCCGAAUUCUUGCUCUUGGAAUGGCUCUUUCUGCAAUUUCUGUGUUCACUUUUGGUUUUGUUACUGAAGUUUCGCAUUUUUACUCUGCACCUCUUUAUGCAGUUCUUUGGAUAUCAAAUGGAUUUUUCCAAUCUGUGGGAUGGCCGUUAGAAGUCUGUAUAAUGGGCAACUGGUUUGGAAAAACAGCUCGAGGGGCAGUAAUUGGUGCGUGGAGCACUAAUGCAAGUGUUGGUAACAUUUUGGCAACAUUGAUUGCAAGUUGGACAGUUAACAUCGGAUAUCAAUAUCCAUUUCUGAUAAUUUCAACAGCUCUUUUCACCUAUAGUAUUAUUAUUUUCUUCAAUUUACCAUCUGCUCCAUGGGAGGUGAAACAACAAAUUGAAGGUUCUGAUAUCAAGGAAAUUCCUAGUGAUGAUAAUGAAAGACCACCACCACUAGGAUUCUUCAGAGCUUGGUUACUUCCUGGAGUUCUUGCAUUUGCCAUCUCUUAUCUUUGCCUAAAACUUGUAAACGAUGGUUUCUUCUUUUGGCUACCAUUUUACUUGCACAAUGGACUCAACUGGAAAGAAUCCACGGCUGAUGGUCUUGCUGCCUGGUAUGAUGUUGGAGGAAUCAUUUCGUCCAUUAUUGCAGGAGCACUUUCGGAUAGAAUGAAAUCGAGAACAAUACUUGUUUUCACAAUGCUUCUCUUUUCCACAGUUACCCUAUUUGCGUAUGCCCAUUCACCAAUAUCUUACUACUGGAAUGCAUUCAUUCUUCUUAUUGUUGGAUUCUUCAUUGGAGGUCCACUUAAUAUGAUUGCCGGAUGCAUUACUUCAGAUCUUGGUAGAUCUGAAAUGCUACGUGGCAACGCAGAAGCCCUUUCAACAGUAACUGGAAUAAUUGAUGGUACUGGAAGUGUUGGCUCUGCAAUUGGUCAAUGGCUAAUCCCAUUGGUACGAAAUUGGCUUGGAUGGGAUGCCAUAUUCUACGGGUUUAUGAUUAUGGUUGUGUGUUCUGCUCUAUGCAUUUCUCCAGUUAUAUGGCGAGAGUGGAAAGAAAACAAACACGAAAAGAUCUCACAAAAAACCGAUGAUCAAACUUGUCAUAAUGUUGAAAUGAAUAAAUGCUAGUUGAAUCUCAAAUAACUAAUUCUUUGAACUUUAUAUAAAUUGUUUCACUUUU